CAACAGCAAUGGUUGUUCGAAGGGCACAACAUUUGGAUACAAUGGCAUUUUUAGUUGCUGUGGUGCUCUCUAUGGUAGCGUUGGUUUCAGCUGAACACGAGCAAUAUUCAUCUCCUCCACCUUCAUAUUAUUACAAAUCUCCUCCUCCACCAUCUCCUUCACCCCCUCCUCCAUAUUAUUACAACUCUCCACCCCCUUAUUAUUAUAAGUCCCCUCCACCUCCCUCUCCCUCUCCUUCACCUCCUCCUCCAUAUGAUUACAAGUCUCCUCCACCUCCAUCUCCAUCUCCUCCUCCCCCAUACUAUUAUAAAUCCCCACCUCCACCAUCUCCUUCACCUCCACCACCACCAUCCCCAUCUCCUCCUCCUCCAUAUUAUUAUAAGUCACCUCCACCACCAUCCCCAUCUCCUCCUCCUCCAUACUACUACAAGUCCCCACCUCCACCGUCUUCAUCACCUCCUCCACCAUAUUAUUAUAAAAACCCACCACCACCAUCUCCAUCUCCUCCUCCUCCAUACUACUACAAGUCUCCACCACCACCAUCCCCCUCUCCACCACCCCCAUAUUAUUAUAAGUCUCCACCACCACCUUCCCCAUCUCCUCCUCCACCCUAUUACUACAAAUCUCCACCACCACCACCACCAUCUCCAUCUUCUCCUCCUCCAUACUACUACAAAUCUCCUCCACCACCCCCAUAUUACUACAAAUCCCCACCUCCACCAUCUUCCUCGCCUCCUCCUCCAUAUUAUUACAAAUCCUCUCCACCGCUAUCCCCUUCACCUCCACCACCAUACUAUUAUAAAUCUCCACCACCUCCAUCUCCUUCACCUCCUCCACCAUACUACUACAAAUCCCCACCUCCGCCAUCUCCUUCUCCUCCCCUUCCAUACUACUACAAGUCCCCUCCACCACCAUACUACUAUAAAUCCCCACCACCAUCAUCUCCAUCCCCUCCACCUCCAUAUUACUAUAAAUCUCCCCCUCCACCAUCUCCAUCUCCUCCUCCACCAUAUUAUUACAAAUCCCCACUACCGCCAUCUCCAUCUCCUCCUCUUUCAUACUACUACAAAUCCCCUCCACCGCCCACAUAUUGAUUGAUUGAUUUCUUUCCAAAUCAAUGCUACGAGAUCUGAUACGGCAUGUAGCUCCUAAUCAACUCGUCCGUUUUCUUCUCAUUAGUGAUAUUACUAUCAGGAAUUCUUUGAAAUAAGCCGGACCAUUGAAUCUGAGAUCUGAGACAGUGCUUGCUGUAAGUAAGAAGGCAAAAUCCAUUGUUGAUACAUCUCUCAUCUCGGAGUAUGUUCCCUGCCCUUGACGGAGCUGGCUUUGGUCCGCCAAUAAAUUUUUUAUACGCCAGUAAUAAUAAGAUUAUUGUCCCCUCAA